AUGACACAGUCUUCCGCAUUUACCGAAUUCACUACUAAGAGCCAGUUUUCAGGCAACGAAAGGACUUGGGAACGACGUCGGGAUGAUAUUGUCGUUGUUACGAUAUGGCUGAUAAUGCUUAGUUAUGCUCUUGCUUCGAAUAUUCUUAUUCUGAUUGGUAUCGCACGCAAUAAUUCUAUGCGAUGCUCGACGAGCUACUGGUUUAUAACGUCGUUGGCUACCUGCGAUAUAAUAAUGGUAGUGAUUAGUCUAGCUCAUCUCGUGCCUGCGACGGCUUUUCAUAGUGCCUUCCUAGAUUUUCACUCAGUUCGCAAUGUACUUAUGAUAUUCUUCUAUGAUUUAUUUUGGUAUACAGCUGUUUUACAGUUAGGCCUUAUGGCAUGUAACAGAUUUGUGAGCAUAGUUUAUCCAAUGGAAUAUAAAUGGCUAUUUUCACCACGAAAAGCACUGCUUGCAAUAUUGUUUGGUUAUGCAUUAGGUUUUGCUGUAUCUUUGCCAACAUUAUUCCCAUGCUGUCAUACAUUAUGGAACUCUGAUUACUACAUCACUGUCUAUGAUCCUAUGGAUACCUGGUAUAAAUAUAUUGAUGUGGGUGUCAACAGCUUGUCUUUGCUAGUUAUGAUUAUUUCUUACGCAAUAAUUAUCUACAAAGUGCGGGAAAGUAGCCAAGCAAUGGCUAAACAUCAGUUAAUGAUAGAAGACAGCCGCUUAGAAAGUGGUAGUGAUCCAUACCUGAGAUCGAACAGUUUUAGAACAGCACGUGGACAAAUUAGCAAAAAAGAGAUGAGACUUUUCAUACAAUUUUUUCUGGUUUCAUUGGUUUUUCUACUGACCUGGACAACAUGGCAGUGGCUUCCUCAUAUAUCUGAAUCAAAAUGGGCUUACUUUGUUAUGACUUCGCUGUUUUUCAUAAAUAACUCUAUCAAUCCGACAGUAUAUUUACUCUUCAAUACUCAGUUACGGCAUGAAAUAGGUCGUUUGUUAUGUAAUUCGAGUGCGAAAACAGUUCCUCCAACGCAUCAUGGAUGUAUGUUAACGUCUAAUAAAUUGUUCAAGUAUACAGCUAAAAACCACCCGUCAACGGGAAACAGUGGUAGUAGCGGUCAACAUGAUGGCCAUUGUGAAGCUUCAACAACACAGACUGGACAUGACUUGCUAACAGCCAGAACAUCCGAUGCCAACAAUACUACGGUUGCAAAAGUUGUGUUAAAUUCAACAGCAGCCUCAGUGAAUAUGACAAUGGCAAGUGAUAGUGCCACAGCAGAUAAUAAUGAUGUAACUAACAUCGCAAUAACAUUAGCAUUGAAAAAACCUCAACGACAAUUGUUUGUUAAUGAUAAUAUCAUUGUUAUCGAUAAAAAUGAUACUUUAAUUGUUUAA